CAUUCCUGCGCAACCUGUUUUUCAGAAACAUAACCUCAAAAAACUUACAAACGUGCGACGUGCGUAUUCUAUUUUUGAAUAACAAUUAUUUGACAAAUGAAGAAUAGAAUAUUAGUGAUUGUUACUAUUUAGUAAAAAUAAUUGAAUAACAAUGGCCCUUUCUGUUAAACGCGACGAUUUAAAGCAUGUGCCAUGGUUUUCUAUGACAGAAUGGUACGAUGUAUAUAAUCAGGUUUAUUCCAAUAAUCAUGAAGAACAAGAAAAAGCGUACGAAACUCUUCUCGUAUGGAAAGCACGAAAUCCAAAAUUACCAGUGGGUGUUGAUUGUACAUUAUCAUUAGUACAAGUAUCAUUGAGAGAUAGAGAAUGGAGUGAAAAACUUGAUAAAGCCGAAUUGCCGAUACAUUAUGAAAAUGAUCUAUGCAUGAUGUAUUCUCUCUCUAUUAUGAGAUUUCUCAAUCAUAUUGCAAAUAUUGGACAUAUGAAGCAAACGUCCUUAUUUCAAAUUGCAAAGCAAUUAAAUAUUCCCGAAUGGAUUGUAAAUUUAAGACACGACGCCGCACACGGUCACGAAUUACCCUCAAUCAGCGUCUUAAGAAUUGCUGUUAAUAUUCUCUUAACUUGGCUCCAUGAUGAAUAUUGGACUGUCGAGAUUAAAAAUAUGAUUGACUAUUAUAAGAAAAUUGAACAACCUGAAAAUAAUGACUCCGAGGAAAUUCAAGCUCUCGAAGAUUUAAUUGAACUAUGGACAGCAACUGGUCUAUAUAUUUAUGCUAAUUACUCCCUGGUAAUUGAUAUACCAGAUCAAAAACUACGGGAAACUUUAUUGGAGUUACGAACAUUCACAUUACAAAAGCAAAAAAAUUCCAGUUUUAUGAAUGAAACUUCAAAUCAGAUUAUUGAUGAAAAUUUGAAGAAUAAUAAAGAAUUGAAAUUAAUUACCGUACAGAGAAUACUCUUGUCUGAAAUUUCGUCGUGUUUGAGUAAAACGUUUCUUCUUGAAAAUAACGAGACAAUUUGCACCUUAUUAUGUGACAAUGAAGUAUUUAUACCGAAUAGAGAAUUUUUGGAAAUAUUCAACAAUACAAAAUCUAAGGAAUCAUUCGAUAAUUUUCUUCCCCUUGAUUUCAUUAAAUUUUGGGAAGAAUUUAUUAUUCUUUUGCAAGAGAAGAAAUUAAUAGAAUCAUUAUUUGUGCAAUUAUUGCAUUUGGUGAAUAAUGAAAAUGAAAAAAUGCAGAGAAGACGCAUUGGAUCUGAAUGGUUACGAGCGAUUGCUGAUGGACUGACGAUAAACAGAAUUAGUCAACAAAUGCGUUUAGAGGAGGAUCAAUUUUACGAUGCGAAGAAUAAGAAAAUUUCUUUUAAACAUUUCACUCAAAAAGUUCGUAGCAAAGUGGAGAAAAUGUUUCCGGAUUUAAAAUUUCCUUGGUUUAAUUGUACAAUUGAAGUUCCAUUUAGAGGAAUUAAUAGAACUUUAGUUGAAAAAUUGCUUCUUAAUCCAAAUGAAUUUACGCCAAAAUUUAUGCCUUCAUUGAUGGAUCUUGUAAUGCCGAAAAAUUGUUCGCAACAUCAAGAAGAUUUGCUAUCACUUCUCAAUAUACAGACAAUGCAUUUAAUCGAUAAGGAUAUUAAUAUCGAGAAUAAUCAAAUUUACACGCUGGAAAAUCUUAAGGAAUUAAUUGAUCAACGAGAUGAGGAAAUGGAAAUUGUGGAAAAUAAUUUUGACACUCAGCUGAAUUUUAGUGACGAAACGAUACGUAAUAAUAAUUGGAAAUUGCCUUCAGAAAAUAAUGAUUGGAGUAGGUGUCCAUUUGGAUUACUUCCAUGGCAAUUGGAUCGGGAAGAAAAUGUGAAACCCUUAAUUAUAAGUCCGACGAAAAUUUUCAUUGAGACGGAAACAAUGAAAAUUUUACCGGGAAUGAUUGAUCGUAGCAAUUUUCAAAUGAAGAGUAAAAUUGAUUGGAAUACGGUCCUAAGAGCAAAGAGGAUUAAUAACAAAAGUCGAAAAAGGCACAGUGAUGUUUUGAUAGACAGAGCGAUUAAGGUGAUUAAAAAUCAAUUAUAAUUUUUAUUUCUCUACAUAAAAAGUAAAAUUCAUUUCGAAGGAAA